CAUAAAAGAUGGCCAAAUACGUGUAGACAUCUGGCUGAAUAGUUUCCACGAGUUUUUCUAGCGUUUUCUUAUACCAAUUAAAACAACAACGGAAUUGAUAGUAAAAUCGUGAGUGAAUGCCGAUUGCCCUGGCACAGUGUUCACUUGAGUCACCGAUCGAUCACUGGCGUCACCUUUGAGAAUGAAGAACGUCGAAUGGGAAACUCCACGAUUUACGCACUAUCAUCUGGUUAUUAUUUUCAGUAAUCAAAGCCAAGGAAAAUGCGGAGUUGCAGUCGUGAGGAUAUCGGGCGGCGAAGCUUUGGAAGCUCUGCGAAAAAUGACAAAUCUUACAAAACCAGAACCCAGAAAAGCAUUUCUUCGAAAAAUUUUUGAUCCGCAAACUGGGGAAAUUAUAGAUCGAGGGCUGUGCCUUUGGUUUCCUGGACCGAAUUCAUUUACGGGAGAAGAUAGUGUGGAGUUUCAGGUACACGGAGGACCUGCAAUAUUGGAAUCGUUAAUGAGUGCACUGGCCAAACUGGAAUUUCGAGCCGCAGAAUCUGGCGAAUUUACCAGACGUGCCUUCUUCAAUGAUAAACUUGAUCUCACUGAAGUUGAAGGUUUGGCAGACUUGAUAGAUGCUGAAACUGAACAACAAAGAAAACUGGCUUUGCUGCAGGCUGAUGGAAGUCUUAGUAAAUUGUACAAAAAAUGGCGAGAAUCACUGGCUCAAUCUGUGGCUAAUCUAGAAGCUUACAUCGAUUUUAGCGAGGAUGAUAAUAUCGAGAGUGAUGUUCUCAAUAGAUGCAAUGAAACUUUAAGAGAUCUUUCCUUAAACAUCAAGACUCAUUUGUCUGAUGGUAGAAAGGGCGAGAUACUGCGAAAUGGUAUAAGAACAGUUAUAAUUGGCGAACCAAACGUUGGAAAGAGUAGUCUACUUAAUUAUCUAGUACAAAGAAAUGCGGCUAUUGUUACGCCAAUUGCUGGAACGACUAGAGAUAUUGUUGAAUUAAAUACAAAUAUUUCCGGGUAUCCAAUUCUCCUGGCCGACACUGCUGGUCUUGCAAAAGCAACGACUGAUGUGGUCGAACAAGAAGGAAUUCGAAGAGCAAAGAUUUAUGCAAACAAUGCUGAUUUUGUCAUAUUAAUGGCUGAUGCGACUGUUUAUCUCAAUAGUCGAAAACCGUACGAAGAGUACGUUCGGGAUUACAUUGAAAAUCUCGAAUUAAAGGAUUUGUUACUGAAGAAAGGAGUAUUGGCAGAAAAUUGUGUCGUCGUUAUGAACAAAGCUGAUUUGUUGAAUGACCAAACUAAGGAGCGACUAAGAGCUGAUAGAAUAACUGUCAUUUCAUGUGCGAAGGAGGAAGGUUUCCAAGAAUUUCUCGAAACCAUGACACAUAAUUUUCAAAAAAUCUGCGGUAAUCCAUCGAGGGAAAAUCCUACAAUCAGUCAAAAUCGACAUCGAAUUCAUUUAAUCAAAUGUGUAGAGCAUCUUGAAAAUUAUUUUGAAUUGUCAUCAACCGCUGAAUAUGAUAUGGUGUUAGCCGUUCAAGAAAUACGAAAUUCUAUGAGAGAACUAGGAAAAAUAACGGGCCAUGUUAGCGCCGAACAAAUUCUAGAUAUUAUAUUUAAGACUUUUUGUAUUGGCAAAUGAAUUAAAUGUGGAUUUCUGUUUGAGUGUAAA